UUACGCGUCACGGUGUUAUCUCUGAGUCACAGCAAAGAUGAGCUACGGAGACCGCUACACGUCGUCCUCCUAUCGGAAGAUUUUCGGAGAUUCUCCGAGAUUCCCCGUCUCUUCCUCUCGCAUGAGCGGUGGGUCUCCGCGGGGCUCCCCGAGCCUCCGAUCCAUGGCAGCGUCGCGCAACAGCGCGUCCUCUGUGACCCUGUACAGACGGGGGGGACGGACCUCCACCUCUUUCUCUACGGUGCCUACCGCCUCCCUGGACUUGUCCCAGACCUCCGUGGUCAGCAAUGAGUUCAAAGUGAUCAGAACCAACGAGAAGGAGCAGCUACAGGGUCUCAAUGACCGCUUUGCCAUGUUCAUCGAUAAAGUCAGACACCUGGAGCAGCAGAAUAAAGUGUUGGAGACGGAGCUGGUGACCCUGCGGCAGAAGCAGAGCGAGCGGCCCCGCGUCGCUCAUCUCUACCAGCAGGAGAUGAGGGACCUGCGCUCGCAGCUGGAGGAGCUGAACAGGGAAAAGAACCGAGUGCUGAUUGAGAGGAACAACAUGGAGGACGAGCUGCAGAAGCUAAGUGCAAAGUAUGAUGAGGAGGUGAGAGCGAGGGAAGAAGCUGAACAGACCCUGAGGUCCUUCAAAAAAGACGUGGACGAUGCCACCGUCGUCCGCCUGGACCUGGAGCGCAGGGUGGAGUCCCUGAUGGACGAAAUCUCCUUCCUCAAGAAAGUCCAUGAGGAAGAAAUUGAGGAGCUGAGCAGCAUGAUGGAGGCGCAGCAGGUCUCUGUGGAGGUUGAGCUCGCCAAGCCAGACCUCACCUCAGCGCUGAAGGAGAUCCGCAACCAGUACGAGUCCAUUGCCUCCAAGAACUUGCAGUCGGCUGAGGAGUGGUACAAGAGCAAGUUUGCGAGCCUCAGCGAGCAGGCCACGAGGAGCAACGAGGCCAUGAGGGCCAGCAGGGAGGAGAUCAGUGAGUUCAGGAGGCAGCUCCAGUCCAAGACCAUUGAGAUAGAGACCCUAAGGGGUGCCAACGAGUCUCUGGAGAGGCAGAUCUCAGAGAUGGAGGAUACACACAAUGCUGAAGUCACAGCAAUGCAGGACACUAUUAGCCAAUUGGAUACUGAGUUGAGGAACCUGAAGAGCGAGAUGGCUCAUCAUCUGAGAGAGUAUCAAGACCUGCUCAAUGUCAAGAUGGCCCUGGACAUCGAGAUCGCUGCUUAUAGGAAACUGCUGGAAGGGGAGGAGACCCACUUUAACUCAGGGAUGUCCUUCAACUACAGCUACCAACCUCGAGCCUCAUCCAGCUCCUCCAGGAGGGAGAAAGAAGGAGGUGCGAAGGAAAGCUUCAAAGACGUCAGCGAGGAUAAAGACGAGGCGGACAUCAACUCCAACAACUGAAGAUAUACGGGGAAAUCUGACAUCAUAGUUGUUAAGUCCGAAACAGAUGUUUUGGAAGUAGUCUCUAAAGUCAGUGUUUUGAGUCAUAGUCAGCAUCCUGUAUUUGACAUUUCUUGUUGUAGUCUUAAAUAUCUCCAUUAACUACCGACAGCUAACAUGGAGCUAACAUGACACUCCAAACAUUAACCUUAGUACUAAAUGUUAAUGGGGAAUCUUUCAUUUUGCUGCUGCAGUUUCAUGCACUCAAAACUGUAUGAAAUGAGAGGAAAUAGACAUUGCUUAGACUUGAAGGCAUGGCGUUUAUUUACCCACAAAUUAAGGUUGUCAGUUCCACUUGGAUAUCACUAAAAUGAUAAGCAAAUAAAAUUACAUGACUGGAACUGUGGUUUCUUAUGAUGACUCGAGGUGGCAGACAGAUGUUAUACUUUAAUGAAUGGAACAAUAAAUCUAGCUUCUCCGACUUCUU